AUGUGGUUAAACUCAUCUCUUUCCCUGGGCCAAAUUCCAGUUAUAGCUGAUUUGGCUCCCUGUCUGUGGAAGUGCAUAGUUUUAAACUGCCUUCCUCCGGCCAACCUUAAACAGAGAGUAUUACACAGAUCUCAAGCACUUUUCUCUCAGGACAUCUCAAACCAGGGCCCGAAGAUGUCAGAGUUAGAGAAAGCCUUCCGUAAAUUUGCCACGUACGGUGACACGGCUGCCACUGGCAACGAUAUGACGGGCAAGAACUUCUCCAAGAUGUUGAAGGAUUGUGGUGUGAUGGACGGGAAGGCCGUGACCAGCACCGAUGUUGAUAUUGUGUUCAACAAAGUCAAGACCAAAGGCGCUCGCACUAUCAACUUUGCUGAGUUCCAGCAGGCCAUGAAGGAGCUGUGUGGCAAGCGGUUCAAGGGCAAGUCUCCUGAGGAGGCCCUGCAGGCUGUGUAUGCACUGAUGGAGGGCAAGGAACCAGCCAACGUGGGUGUAACAAAAACCACCACAGCUGGUGGGGUUGAUAGACUGACAGACACCAGCAAAUACACAGGCUCCCACAAGGAACGGUUUGAUGAGAGCGGCAAGGGGAAAGGGAUAGCUGGCCGUGAAGACAUGACCGAUGGCAGUGGCUAUGUUGGGGCCUACAAGGGAGCUGGCACCUAUGACAAGACACACUAG